AUGUUAGAACAUAAUGUUACACCCUAUCAUGGUUAUUCAGGAGCCUCAUGGGAAAUUCAUAUUAAAGUAACAACAUCCAAGAGCCGUACAGUGGCCCCAUUUGUCGUCACAUUGAAUACAAACGAGCUUCAUUGUUUUGUAAAAAUCACCUUUAAUAUUAUAAUCCUCGUAUCAUAUGGUGUAGCUGUUGAUUUAGUUUCCCCAUUGUCAUCAUUAAUUUCACCUACUGUUUACUUUCUCUACCAAACAGGGCCCAAAGGAUCUGCGCUGAAGCUUAUAUUAGGAAUUUCAUGUCUGAUACUCAUGCUGCUAAUGAUACUCUGUCAAAAAAAGAGGUUAUGGGGAACUGUAGGUGCAUUGCGCAUGGGAACCACCAGGAAUCAUCAAAUAGAAAUGUUUAUAAGAAACUAUGGAACUAUGACCCCAAAAAGAUUCAAGUAUUCAGAAAUCAAGAAAAUGACAAACUCAUUUUCUGAAAAAUUGGGGCAGGGUGGAUAUGGAAGUGUCUACAAGGGACAAUUGCCAGAUGGGCAACUAGUUGCAGUAAAGCUCUUGGGUAAAGCAAUUGGAGCUGGAGAAGAUUUCAUUAACGAAGUCGCUAGUAUCGGUAGAACUUCUCAUGCCAACAUAGUUACACUCUUGGGUUUUUGCUUUGAGGGGAAUAAAAGAGCCCUCAUGUAUGAGUUUAUGCCAAACGGGUCCUUGGAUAAGUUUCUACGUGGCGAUGGAUCUCGCCUAGACUGGGACACAUUAUUUCAAAUUGCAAAAGAGAUUGCACGAGGCCUAGAGUACCUUCAUCAACAUUGUGCACGUAAAAAGUAUAAUUUUAACAACCAAAGCAUGAGUGAAGCGUAUUUUCCAGAUUGUAUAUACGAUAAAGUAGAAGGUGGAGAUAAUCUAGGGGUUGAUGGGGUGACAACCGAAGAAGAAGAUGAAUUAGCUAGGAAGUUGGUGAUGGUGAGCCUGUGGUGCAUCCAGUCUGAUCCAUCGGAUCGGCCAUCUAUAAGUAAAGUUAUGGAAAUGUUGGAAGGAAGCUUUCAAUCAAUACAAGUUCCUCCUAAAAGUUUCUGGUCAUCUCCCCCAAGGCCUUCCCAAGCAACAUCUCCAUCGGUUAACCUGCACAGUUCAACCGGUGAGAGAGUAUUAGCAAUGCAUGCUGCAGGGGUAGAUCUCUUUUCUUAA